AUGGCACACGUCAUUGCCCUCCACCUAGCGCAAGGAAGCCUUUUCCAGUGUAUCCAAGCCUCAAAAUCAUGGCACGCCGCCUUCAUACCCCACCUCUGGAGAACCUUUACCGAAGAUGGUAGACAGACGACCUCCUGGGGUGCUCUAGUCGCCGCGAUCCAUACCCGCCGACGCCAUCCAGAGGGCCUCGAGUGGUUCAAGGAUGUGUAUCGUCGUCAUGCGAAAUAUAUCCGACACCUCACCUUCCACAUGCCCACCAUUCUCGACGCCUGCCUCGAGGACGCCUUUGAGCCGCUCUCACCACCUCUCGCGGAAGACAGUCGGACUGGACCCUCAGGAGCAGGAGCAAGAAUAGGAGCAGAAGCGGUGGCGGUACCCAUAGCCACUAUCGCCGGUCGAUCGUUGAUCACCAACCUAGAGUCCCUUACGAUCAACGUCUCUCCACAAAAUCUGGAGAUGUACUUCCCCGAAUUGUUCUCGAGAAUGCAGUCAAGAGUCUUCAGCUUUGGCGGUGGUGCCUUUGGCGGGGGCGGAUUUGGUGCUGCAGCUGCCAACAACAAUAUCACCACUACCUACGAUAACACCACCACUACCAACCCCAUUGGAGUUAUGCCAGAAGUGACAGGAGCAGGAACAGCCGACCCUGAGAGACCCUUUAUCGAGGCCUGUCUGAGACUGAUUCUCAACAACCCGGGGCUACAAACAUUGUAUUGCGUCAACAACUCAAGAGUGUUUCGUGGAUUGCAAGAAAUAGUGCAGUCAGCAGCAGGCGGUGAGGAUGGUGGUACCGGUCGAAACAGUUGUAGUGGUAGUGGUAGCGCUUUGAGAUCACUCAAGAUCCUUACAAUCAUGAGCGAGGACGGGCUGAUCCCCGUGUUGCCACCCAGCGUCACUAAUCUCACGUUGAUCCGAAACUUUGGCAUGUGGCUCGAUUCCAAACCAGGAGUUCCCGGUCCAGUCCACGAGGGGCUGGAGGUCUUGGAGACUUCUGCUGAAUCCGCCGCUCACAUUGUAGCGCUCCUGAACCAGGCACCCUCCCUCAAAACCCUGUCCAUCAAAGGCUUCGGUUCCCGCGGCUAUGGGUUUGGAGGUUCCCAAGAAGCACAUGCUCCAGUUUCUAACGGAUUCGCGUGGCCACUAGCAUCCCAGAUCACUGUCCUGAAAUGUUGGCAGUCGCGUGGAGGUUCCUUUGUGAACGUGCCUGCUUUUGAGCGUUUUUUUAGGUGUUUCCCGAUGCUUGUCGAGUACCAUGAUGACAUCUGGCUCCCCGCUGUGGGCGCCCAAUUGGCUGAGCAUUGCCCGUUCCUGGAGGUCAUAUCUGUUCCUCAAAAGCCCAACCCCAACAACAGAUAUCCGCUGCGUCGUUUGGGAGUUCCUGUUCCGGACAGUGUCUCGUUAUUGUUAUCGUCUCUCUCACGGCUUCGCGUCCUGGAUCUUUCGCGUGAGAAUAUCAAGGCGAAAAAGAUUCUGGAGACACCUUGGGUUUGUUUAGAUCUCGAGGAGUUUUGCUGUCAGAUUGUUGAAGUUCCCUAUUUGACCGAGGAGGAAGAGCGGCAAGUACAGGAGAUCCGACAGCGAGAGGAGGCAGGAGCGAUAGGAUCUGUUCAUCAACACAGGGCUGACAAGGAGGAAGAGCUCAUGGGUCUCUAUCAGAGGUGCGUCUAUACAAGAAAGCACAUCAUGGCCCAGCUCUCAAAGUUGACCUCACUGAAGCACCUGUCUCUCAGUCCGGACCUCAAGAUUGGAAACGAGCUCUUCGAGUUCCGCCACGGUGCUACGCGAUGCUACAAAUCGGAGCGAGAUGGGCGCAUCUACAUCCGGUACAAUGAUGUACUACCUGACACCCUCCACCUACGCCUCGACACAGGACUCGACCAGCUUUCGUCUCUGGAAAAACUUGAGUACCUAGGGUUCGAGUCUAUGGAUCACCGAAUGGAUACCGCGGAGGUUGAGUGGAUGGCGAAGCAGUUCCCAAGACUGAAAGAUAUGCGCGGUUUGGUGACAGAGGGCCAUGUUGGUAUAGAACCCGACCUCAAGAACGACGCCCUUGUUGCGCUGAUGCGUCGACUUCGCCCAGAAGUUGCACAGCGACAGAGUUUUGGUGGGUAUGGCGCAGGAUCACAAACUGGCGGUGGGCUGUUUGGCGGCUUUGGCCAGCCUGUAGGCGCUGUUGAGUCCAGGUCUUGA